AAACACGCAAACAGCACAAAACAGCACAACACACAACAACAACACAAAACACACAACACACAACACAAAACACACAACACAACACGCCCGCGCCCCGCACCCAUGAAGGACGUCUUGAGACAGAUCUUCCACCCCCACUCGUUCAGGGGCCAGGCCCGCCAAGAUGCCCCGCCCACCCGGCGGCCACAAAGCCGCGCGGCCCUGCCCGGCGCGGGCUUGCAGGAGCAAUUGGCGCUCCGGCUCGCGUCCGCAGAGAACCCCGCGGUGGUGAUGGAACUCGACAUGGACGGGCGGCUUCUCUACGUCAGCAAGUCGUGGGAGCGGCUUGUCGGGACGCUGGUGGCGCAGCUUCUCGGGCGGCCCAUCGGCAGCCUUCUUGUGGGCUCGACGGCCGCGGACUUGACGGUGUUUAGCGACGCCGUGACGCAGAUGGCCGCGGACAACGCGUCGUACAAGGUCAAGUUUGUGACGGCGACCAACGGGCGGGCGGGGGGCGCCGGCGCCGAGAACGGUCCACGGGACGAGUCACAAGACGGUUCCCAAGACGAGUCACAUGAUGGUCCAUGGGGCGAGUCACAAGAUGGUCCACUAGACGAGUCACAAGAUGGUCCACUAGACGAGUCACAUGAUGGUCCACUAGACGAGUCACAAGAUGGUUCCCAAGAUGAAUCACAAGAUGGUCCACUAGACGAGUCACAAGAUGGUUCCCAAGAUGAAUCACAAGACGGUUCCCAAGAUGAAUCACAUGAUGGUCCAUGGGGCGAGUCACGGGACGCGCCCGGCCCCCCCGGCUCCCCCGGCUCGCAGGUCUCCAACGACGGCAACGUCAUCGAGCUCGAGGCCCAGGGCAUCGUCAUCUGCCACCCCCAGACAGGCGUGCCCACCCACUCCAUCUGGACCGUGCGCCCCUUCGUGCCCCUCCAGCUCGCGCUCUCCAUCCCCGCGGCCUUGACGGACUUGCUCGGCUUUGGCGCCGAGAUCUUCGAGGGCUACCUCGCCAGCGUGCGUGAGGCCGGCAUCAUCGACGAGCGCGCCGUGCCGCCGCCCAAGCUGCUCUUGUGCCGCAUCUGCGAGACCAGCUUCCCCGCGUGGUUCAUCGAGAAACACAGCGAGCUGUGCUUGCUCGAGCACAAGGUCGAGGAGGAGGUGCAGUUCUGCCACGACGCCAUUGCGGAGCAGCGCGAGCUCGUUGUGCGGCUUGCGGCCGCGCUGCUGCCGGGGCGGCCGCUCGAGUACAGGGACAUGCCGCUCGCGCCGCCGCAGCCUGAGCCGUCCGGCGACGGCCGGGCGGGGGCAGGCGAUGAUCUUGGGUCCCGGCUUUCGGGCGAUGAUCUUGGGUCUCGGCUUUCCGGCAAUGUCCUGGCCCGUCUCUCCGGAAACGACCUGGCCCGUCUCUCCGGCAAUGUCCUGGAUUCUCUCUCCGGAAAUGUCCAGACAUCUCUUUCCGGCAAUGACCAGGCCCCGCUCCUCCAGAAAUUGGUCGACUUCUGCGACGACGCGCUCCUCAUCAACGCGGCGGAGCGCCAGGAAGCCACCGGCGCGUUUGCCUUCUCGCCCAACACCGAACGCGCGCUCCAGCUCGUCCGCACGUGGCCGCCGCUCGACUCCCCCGACCCGGCGCUCCAGGCCAUGGUGGCCGACACGCGCGCCUUGGUCGCCGAGAAGGCCGACAAAAUGGCCCGCCUCCUCAGCCUUCUCCAGUACUCCGAGAAAAUCAAGCAGGAGGUCGACGACUUGGUGGUACAGGCCGUGGCCGACACCGUGGCCUUGAUCCGUGAGAAGACGCGCCAGCACGAAAGCGACUUCCUGGCCCUGCGCCGCCGCGCGCUGCCCCUGCCGAAGGGCUCGCCCGCCAGCUCGCCCGCCCCGCCGGGCUGCCUGCCCCGGCCCCUGCAAACCAUCCACUCGCCGCAGCCCUCGCGGGUCCGCAGCCCGACGCGGAGCCUCUUGGGCGACGACUUCGCCUCCGCGCGCCGCCUCCAGAGCUUCACGCCCCAGGACCUCUUGGCGGGCUCGCCCUCCUUGAUCGACAGCCGCACGUCCAUCUCGCCCAACACCUCCUUGUCCAAGCUCCCCGCAAAGGACCUCGCCCGCGCGAUGGACGCCAUGGACUUGUCUCUGGACUCGCUCGACGCCUCCCCGCUGCACUCGGCCAUCCCGUCCCCGAGACUCCACCUAUCGCCGGCGCCCUACGUGGAGAAGCCCGGCCUCUCGGGCCUCCAGCGGAACACCACGGCAAGGUGCAACCAACACACGCCGCCGCGGCCCCUGAGCGGCGACUACAGCCUGGCGCACAAGAAAAUGGGCAACCGCGCCCGCUCGUCCUCCAACUUGCUGCUCCCUCCCCUGUCGAAGUCAGACAUGUCGCCGCACAUCGCCACGGUGCCCAUGGCGCCACCCAGCUCCUCAAAUACACCCACCUCGGCCCCCCGGGGCUCCUUCUCCUCGCCUCGCCCGCCGCUCUCGCCCUUGCUUGUCUCGCAACCCGCCAGCCAAAAGGCUGCGACCGGGGGCAUCAGGGACUACGAGAUCUUGAAAGCAAUCAGCAAGGGCGCCUACGGCUCCGUGUUCUUGGCAAAGCGCAGGUUGACCGGAGACUAUGUGGCCAUCAAGUGCUUGAAGAAGGGGGACAUGAUUGCGAAGAACCAGGUCUUGAAUGUCCGCGCAGAACGAGCGGUCAUGAUGAAGCAAACCGACUCUCCGUAUGUCGCCCAGCUCCAUUGCAGCUUUCAGAGCAAGGACUACCUCUAUCUUGUCAUGGAGUAUUUGAAUGGCGGCGACUGCGCCACUCUCUUGAAAAUGCUAGGGACGCUCGGAGACAAGUGGGCCAAGCGAUACAUCGCGGAAGUGAUAGUGGGUGUUGAGGAUUUGCACCAGAGGGAUAUUAUUCACCGUGACUUGAAGCCCGACAAUCUCUUGAUUGAUAGCCACGGCCAUUUGAAAUUGACCGAUUUCGGCCUUUCCAGAAUCGGUGUUCUUGGGCGCCACACUUAUCGCCACAGGAAGAGCAGCGCCUCUGAACACGGCAUCGAGCUCUUCAGAAGAAGCAUCAACAACAACUCAUUGUCCCAGAGUCCUUUGGUGAAUAGCAUCGCUGUGGAGUCCCCUGACUUGAUCCCAAACACACACAAACGAAACCUGUCUGUGACGCCUUUCUCCUUGUCCCCUGCCACUGACCAGCACAAGUUCAAUCUUGGCCCACACGGCCACCUGACAUCCAUUUCAUCGUAUGACUCGGCAAUUCCAGCCAUACCAAACACGAAGAAGAAAUCCAUUUCCCACUUCAGAGCUUCCAGCAACCGUUCUGGAUCAGCAAGCAGCAGCAUCGACUCGCCCAAUCUUAGACCAGUCAACGGAAUGCCCCCUUCAGAGUCAUCUUUUGCAUUGCUCGAUGAUGGAUGCGAGUUUCUGAUGAGUCCUUCUCAAAACGAGGAGUCCAUCAAUUCGUUCACAUUGUUCGAUCCUACUAAAGCGUCUGAUAAAGUCAAAAAAUUCGUUGGCACCCCUGAUUAUUUGGCCCCUGAAACCAUCAAAGGAGAAAUUCAGGGCGAAUAUUCAGACUGGUGGUCAAUCGGGUGUAUCUUGUUUGAGUUUGUGUACGGUUAUCCGCCAUUCCAUGCCAGCACACCUGAAAAAGUUUUUCAAAAUAUUUUGAGCGGCGAAAUUGACUGGCCUGCGUUGUCCGAGGAAGAGGAUCUAGAGCUAUGUGCGCCUGAAGCGAAAGAUUUGAUACGUGGGUUGCUCACUUUGGAUUACGAGCAUAGACUUGGCUAUAAUGGCGCUGAGGAGAUCAUGGAACAUCCCUACUUCAAAGACAUAGAUUGGAACAAUUUGUACCUGGAAACUCCGGACUCUUUCAUUCCGAUUCUAGAUGGCCCAGAGUCAACAGAAUACUUUGACUUGCGCGGUGCUGAUAUUUCACAAUUCCCCCAAGACGACCCUGAUUACACAGAAAUAGAGCCGCUACGGACUGAUCUGAAUUCAGACAGUGGAUCUCCAGGCACUUAUCUAUCAAUGCCAAGUACUCCAACAUCAGUCAAAAGGGAAAGACGCGGAAGCAAACUUGCGGACACAAGUGAGUUUGGGUCAUUCAAUUUCAGAAACUUGAACGUACUAGAAAAAGCCAACAAGGAUGUGAUAAACCGGCUAAAGUCGGAACACCUAGAACACAGGUCAAGCAUUUCUUCAUCCUCGUCCGAGUCGUUUACGCCCGGGCAUAAUAAAUCGCGUGGUCUGUCUAUAUCCUCGAAUAUUGUCAACCUCGGAAGUCCAUUUAAACGACCAGUUUCACCUGCUCCCAUUGCUAAUGUUCCGCUUUCGCCAGGAAAGGAGAAAUUUCCUACACGCCUGGGAAGCAAAAAGUGGGACAGUACUACUACUGUUUCCACUGCAAGUACUGGUCGCUCACUUUCGCUGGCACGUUCUUUUUCAAGACAAGUUAUACUGAGAACUGCCGAUGAUUUGGCUUACUCCCCAUCUAGCUCUGACAACGAGGAGAACGCUACAUCAUUAUACAGGGCUCACAACCGGAAAGAAAGCUUGCGUCGUAUGGAUAGCUCUGCAAGCGGUUCUUCUCAUGGCACACAAGGAACCCAUUCUCCCCAGAAGGAACACGCCACUUUUGUGGCGCACGACGAAUUAGACGUGCUAUAUUGUGAACCAAUUCCAAUUGUUCGCCACACUGUCUCGAAGCUAAUGGAAAAACAGGGCUGUAUUGUUCUACCAAUAGCCGAUGGAGAGGACCUCAUACGACGUGCUACAAGCAAAGUCAAAUUUGACUUAAUAUUCACCGCAUUGCGGUUGGCUAAAAUUGAGGCUGCGGACGCCGUUCGCUUAAUUAAGUGCACCAGCGGGGUUAAUGCCAACACCCCCAUCAUAGCGAUCACAGGUUUUGCUAAGGAGGCUCUAGACCUGGGUAUAUUUGACGAUGUGCUCGAAAAGCCCGUGGAUGGCUCAAUGAUACAAAGCCUUAUCCACAAGUUUCAAUUACAGAACGUUGCAGUCGAGUCUGAUCCCGAGGAUUAAUUGGACUUCACCUCUUCAAGACUUAAUUCCAGUUUUUGGGACUCAGCUUCAUUGGUUGUGGAGACAUUUGUCUUUUGAGCAGUUUCCACUGGGGGUACCUCGGAUGACUCAGAAUCACCCAGCACCCCUACUGUGGGUGUUUGCUCGGCCGUAGAAAGAUCCACAGCCAUUCUUUCCGCUGAGGACGCGAGCUUGGCCUUUUUGGAAAUGUGCUCAGCAGUCUGAGGUGCGGCGUCUGUUUUCAAAUGCUCGGGGAUGUCACUUCUUAAGUAGUUGUGUGUGUACCACCUCAAUUGCUCGAUACUUU